GAGGCUGCUAAGGUGCCAACUUUGCCCAUCAGGAUCUAAUCUAAAUACUCAUUCACACAUUGCUUCGGGAUCAAUUGUCAUGCUCAAUGACACAUCGAAAUGUGACCCGGAGCAGCCGGGGAUCGAACCACCGACCUUCUGACUGCUCUACCCUCUGAGCCACAGCCGCCCAACAUAGUAAACAUUAUCUGCUGCUAUGUCUUGCUAAAAACACUGCAUUAGCAUGUUUUGACCAGGUAAAUUUCACAUCAAUAUGAUCUUCCAGUUAUUAUUUUUGGUUAAUUGAAUCGGUGAAGCUUCCACCUUUUUAUGAAGGUCAAUAAUCAGCUUCACUUUAUUACCUAUCUAGGGGACAAAAAUCAGGAGUGUGUUGGCCUACACUAACUAAACUCCGCGUGUGUGUGUGUGUGUGUGUGAGAGUGUGUGUGUGCAGCCUCCAGGGGAUUUGUGUGCAUGCCUUUGGGGCGUGUGUAGUGGACAGCUUGCGGCUGGAUUGAUAGAGUGACGUCAGCGCGUCGCUACCUCUCCCGAGGGCAGGAUUAGUCUGGAGCAGCAGAGGCAGCAGCGCUCCGGUAAUCUCCCGGUAAUCAAUGGGGCACGUUCGGAACCGCCGGUACCGAGUGAUACCGAGAGGCCCACCUGAGACUGCUGACAUUUGACUCCUGCAUUUGAGGCAUGAUGGGUCGCCUCCAAACCGACGCGCCUCGGACAGCAGCCUCACCUGCUUUGCCACAGCGGAGGACAGCGGAGCUCCUCAGCGGACACUUUGCUGACAGACAGACACCUCAGAGUACUUUCACCAUGGAGGAGAGCCGGCCAGAGUAACUUCUUCCAGCAGCAGCAGCCUCCUCUACAGUAUAUCCACCACCAGCCUGUCAGAGAGGAGAGAGUGCUUCAUUCACAAUGACCCGUUAGAUUCCUGCAGCCGGUGCUUUCUCUGGAGAGCAGAUUGACCAUCUCCUAACAGCAGGAGGAGACGAGCAGAGAGGCCUUUUAUAUUGGUUUUCUUUCUUCAGUCUUCAGAUGGACCGAGUGCCCUCGGCUCUGGCCGCUAAGAUGCGCUGGAUCACGCUGCUGCUCGCCGGCUUGACUUUCUGGGGCAAAGUGACUAUUUGUAACUGUUUCGACUACGAGGAGCCAGACUAUGAUUACUAUGAAGAGGAGAGAGCGGAGACCAUUGACUACAAAGACCCGUGCAAAGCCGCUGCAUUCUGGGGCGACAUCGCUUUAGACGAGGAGGACUUGCGCAUGUUCCAGAUCGACAGGACGAUAGACCUCACACAGCACACACACAUGCACACACACUCCCGGCAGGGGCACACGUCUGGUGGCCUGGAGGAACAUGACGUUUCUAAGAAGAGAGGAUCUUUAUAUCUACUGCUUGAGAGAAUACGCAGGUUCGGCUUCGACUAUCUCCCCAAAAACUCCAGCAAGGGAGCUGCCAAUCCCAAGAGCCAAACUGGGAAAGGUGGGAAGACUGGGAACGUUGUGAAGAGCCGUUUUCCUCGAGCGGCCACAUCCCGAGCUGAGAGGAUAUGGCCUGGAGGAGUUAUUCCCUACGUCAUAGGAGGAAACUUCACUGGUAGUCAGAGGGCCAUGUUUAAGCAGGCCAUGCGUCACUGGGAGAAACAGACGUGCGUAACUUUCAUUGAGAAGACAGAUGAGGAAAGCUACAUCGUGUUCACCUACAGACCCUGCGGGUGUUGUUCCUAUGUGGGUCGUCGUGGCAACGGGCCCCAGGCUAUCUCCAUAGGCAAGAACUGCGACAAGUUUGGCAUCGUGGUGCACGAAUUGGGCCACGUCAUUGGCUUCUGGCACGAGCACACGCGGCCCGACCGUGACGAUCACGUGACCAUCAUCCGCGACAACAUCCAACCAGGCCAGGAGUAUAACUUCCUCAAGAUGGAGCCCGGGGAGGUCAACUCUCUCGGGGAGCCAUAUGAUUUUGAUAGCAUCAUGCACUACGCCAGGAACACCUUCUCACGAGGGAUGUUCCUCGACACCAUCCUUCCAUCCAGAGAUGAAAACGGGGUUCGGCCUGCUAUCGGCCAGCGGACCAGACUCAGUAAAGGAGACAUUGCACAGGCAAGGAAGCUGUAUAGAUGUCCAGCGUGCGGCGAAACGCUCCAAGAGUCAACGGGCAACUUCUCGUCUCCUGGUUACCCCAACGGGUACCCUUCGUACACACACUGUGUCUGGAGAAUAUCUGUUACACCUGGAGAAAAGAUUGUUCUUAACUUCACCACCAUGGAUCUGUAUAAAAGCAGUCUGUGUUGGUACGACUACAUCGAGGUUCGGGAUGGAUACUGGAGGAAAGCUCCGCUGCUCGGCAGGUUUUGUGGAGAUAAAGUUCCCGACGUCUUGAUCUCCACUGACAGCAGGAUGUGGAUUGAGUUCCGCAGCAGCAGCAACUGGGUGGGAAAAGGCUUCGCUGCCAUUUAUGAAGCGAUCUGUGGAGGGGAAAUCACCAAAGACUCAGGACAGAUUCAGUCUCCCAACUAUCCUGAUGACUACAGACCCUCCAAAGAGUGUGUGUGGAGGAUCACUGUGUCUGAGGGAUACAACGUCGGGCUCAGCUUCCAGGCCUUCGAGAUCGAGAGGCACGACAGCUGUGCUUACGACUACUUGGAGGUCCGAGACGGCCCCCUGGAGACGAGCCCUCUGAUUGGUCGAUUCUGUGGCUACGACAAACCUGAGGAUGUGCGCUCCACCUCACACACACUGUGGAUGAAGUUUGUCUCAGACGGGACGGUUAACAAGGCCGGCUUUGCUGCUAACUUUUUCAAAGAGGAGGAUGAGUGUGCCAAGCCAGACAAUGGUGGAUGUGAACAGAGGUGUGUAAACACUCUCGGCAGCUUCAAGUGUGCCUGUGACCCGGGGUACGAACUGGCUCCUGACAAGAAGAGCUGUGAAGCGGCAUGCGGCGGCCUCCUCUCUAAGUUGAAUGGGACCAUCAGCACUCCCGGUUGGCCUAAAGAGUACCCACCCAACAAGAACUGUGUGUGGCAGGUGGUCGCGCCCACUCAGUACCGCAUCUCCAUGCAGUUUGAGGCCUUCGAGCUGGAGGGAAAUGAGGUGUGUAAAUACGACUACGUGGAGGUACGCAGCGGCCUCUCAUCCGAUUCUAAGCUGCAUGGUAAAUACUGCGGCACCGAGGUCCCUGAGGUCAUCACCUCUCAGUAUAACAACAUGAGGAUUGAGUUUAAGUCUGACAACACCGUCUCCAAGAAAGGCUUCAAGGCUCACUUCUUCUCAGACAGCCUGGCUCUGUGUCGUAUGAUUGUGUUUGAGUCAUGCCAGGACAUAAAGCGCGGCCGCUCUCCCACCCGUGGCCAUGUCAACAACAAGCUGGCAACCUCAUCAAAGGUCAGAGACAAAGAUGAGUGCAGCAAGGACAACGGCGGCUGCCAGCACGAGUGCAUCAACACAGUGGGCUCUUACGUUUGUCAGUGUCGCCAUGGCUUUGUACUGCAUGAGAACAAACAUGACUGUAAGGAAGCUGAGUGUGAGCAUAAGAUCCACAGCCCCAGUGGGACCCUGAGCAGCCCGAACUGGCCAGACAAGUAUCCCAGCCGUAAGGAGUGCACCUGGGACAUCACGGCCACGCCAGGACACCGAGUCAAGAUAGCCUUCAAUGAGUUUGAGAUCGAGCAGCAUCAGGAAUGUGCAUAUGACCAUCUGGAGGCCUUUGACGGGGACAGCGACACGGCAGCCAUCUUGGGUCGAUUGUGUGGCAGCAAGAUCCCCGAGCAGCUGGUCUCCACCGGCAACAAGAUGUACCUCCGCUUCAUUUCUGACGCCUCAGUGCAAAGAAAGGGCUUCCAAGCUACACACUCCACAGAGUGUGGAGGUCGUCUGAAGGCAGAAGUUCGUCAGAAGAACCUCUACUCUCACUCUCAGUUUGGAGACAACAAUUAUCCGGGUCACACUGACUGCGAGUGGCUGCUGACGGCCGAACAGGGCUACGGCAUCGAGCUGAGCUUCAUCACGUUUGAGGUAGAGGAGGAAGCUGACUGUGGUUAUGACUACAUCGAGCUGUACAACGGGUACGACGCCAACUCACAUCGACUCGGACGCUUCUGCGGUUCAGGGCCCAGGGAGGGGAUCUACUCGCCCGGAGGCGCCAUGCUGAUCCGUUUCCAUAGCGACGACACAAUCAGCAAGAAGGGCUUCCACAUCCGCUACACGAGCACCAAGUUCCAGGAGAGCCUUCACACCAGGAAAUGACCUCACACGCAGCCCGUGACCUCUGACCUCUGUCACCCUGACCUUCACCACGGCAACGAGAAAAGUACAGCCUGUCCCCUCUUCUCGGACCCAGCAGACAAGAUGCGGACGUUUGUGGACGUUCGCCAGCCGUGGGAGGAAGACGACACUUUACGUGAACAUUAGUCUCCCUCUGUGGCUCCACGCAGGUCAUCGCACUCUGAGAUGAGACAAUGAGACAUCAACAUGAGCCGUUUCUGUGGAGGAGAUGGUUUUCAUUACUGCACAUCAAGCUGCCCUCAGUGUGGAUACUCACGGUUGCAACAACAAAAGAGUACAAACACACAUAAACACACUAGAUUCAUAUUCAGAAUUAUAAACUACGGAUGCUUGAGGAACUAAGGAGCUUCUACCUAAAGACAAUGCAUCCAACAGGGGAGUCUUUUCUGACUCCUUAGACUGUGACUUACUGUGACAGCUGCUCAUAAACACAGUAACUGAGAGGGAACUCUAAAUAGACAUUUCUAUUGCCUUUGAUGCCUGGGAACUGGUCUCUUCAACCCAGCUCAGAAUGGCUGCAGAUGAUUUUAUUUCACGUCUUAUUGUAAAACCCAUUGUGUUUACUGUAUGUGUGUCUAUGUGUACAGAGAAAAAGAACAGACAGGAGGCUGAAGUCCGUCAUUUUGCUUAAAGCUUAUGCAGACGACCAUCGUGGAAUGGGAAAAAAAAAUAAAUGAAAAAAUGCAAAUGGAGAAUUUCCAAAUGAUGUUAAUGUUAAGCCUUGCAUUAUGUUGUAUGUGUGUCCAUGCUGUUUUUUUUUUGAGUUUGCACCAUCUUGUAACAAACUCUCAUGGAUGUUAUACAGUUUCCACCUCACCCCAAAAAUAAAAAAGUGGAUAUCUGAAGGGAAUAUUUUCACAGCUGUCUCUCAGAGUGACACGAUUCUGAUUGAAGGAGAGAUUCCCAUGGUGCUAAAAAUAAAAAUACACUGAAUGACUGAAUGGAAGUAAAGGUUUUCAAUAGGAGACACAGUCAGCGUGGAAACAGCACACUGCAUCAACAGCACUAGUCCUGUGGAACUACAACAUUGCCUUAGAACCAAAAUGUAUGCUGUCGGAGGUCGCUCCUGUGCUCUUGUGUCAGCGGCGUGUUUUAAAGGUUUUUUGGCAGCGUAUUUCAUUUGUUUGGAGAUCUCGAAUGGUUUUAUUGUGAAAAAAAAAACAUGGGAAAUGUAGUCUGUGUGUGAGAUAGAGUGUCAAUGGUGCAUGUGUGUUUGUGUGUCAUUUUUGUAGCUGCUCUCAGAGAUACAUACACACAUGCUUACAAAUACACGAAUACACAAAAACUCAUUUAUGUGCAUUUUCCCCGAACAUCUGAACACACACUUCCCCUUCUGUAUAUUUGGAGCGUGGAGAGCAAAGUGCUGUAAAGUUGAAGGAAUAUCAAGGUGCAUACAGGUUGCAUCGUUUGUUGUGUUAAAUGCAAAUGUGUAAGUGUGUGUUAUAGGAGAUUAUAGAGAAAUAAUGUGUGUGUAUGUCUGUAAACUGUAUGUUUUUAAGUUGAAUCAUUCAUUGCUGUACGUGCCAAGCUCCAGGUGACCCUGAUCCACUGUAGUUUUUGUUUUAUCAGUCCACCUCUGUGUCUGUAGCUCAGAGACACUGACAUGACGUCCUCUGCAUCAGUCAUUAAAAUACACACAGGUAAAAACUA